CUAGGGUGACAGUAUGUUAAAAAAACAUAAAUAAUAAUAUAAAAAAAUUAAAAUAAAAAUAUGAAUACAUUUUGGCCAAGAUUUAUCACGAAAGAUUAUUUAUUUGCAAAAUUUUAUAAGAAAAACACUUUUUUUUUUCAAAAUGUUUGGACUUUUUUAAUAAAAAUCCCAGUGGUGAAUAAAUACCACCAAAAUAAAGUUUUAUCUGUCUCAAAAAAAUCUAAAAAAUUCAUAUGUAUACAGUGUUGCAUGACUGCGCAAUUGUCAUUCAAAGUGUGAUAGCGCUGAAAGCUGAAAAUUGGCCUGGACAGGAAGGGGGUGAAAGUGUCUGGACUGGAAGUG